AUGAGGGUCCGUCACUUGCACAGCUUCCUGCAGGAGCGGCAGCUGCUCAAAAUUAGCAGCCUCGAGGAGCUCUCUGGUCGCCGCCUAGGCAUUGAUGCAGUGUAUUGGCUACGAGGCCUCCCUUGCUACCCGGACGCCUUGCUGGGACCAACUGGUGAGGGGCGUGCAGCGCUCGUUGCCGCAAUCCGAGAGGAGCUGCUGAAGCUGAAGGAGAUCGGCAUAACCCCCGUCUUCGUAUUCAGAGGAAUAGAGCCUCCUGGUCACCACUUGUUCAGCCAGCAGCAACCGCAAGUGGAGGCGUGGGAAGGAUACUACGCCAAUGGAAGGGAAGCGGCCUCCCCACAGUUUGCGGGGUGCUGCAGUCGCGUGCCUCCCGACGCGGAGAGGCUUGCCUUGCAGUUGCUGCAGCAACUCGGCUAUGAGGCACUCCACGCGGCAUACUUAACUCCCCCCCAGCUAGCGUAUCUCCUGCAGACGGGCUUCAUUCACGCUGCCUUGGCACCCCCCUCCGUCUUGCUCUUCGGCUUGUCGCGAAUCAUCACGCAGCUGGACGUGGAGGGCUCUUUCUUCACCUGGCUAGAAAAAAGCGAACUGCUUCAAUCGCUGGGCGUGACUGAAGAACAGCUAGCGGACAGCUGUCUCCUAGCCGGCACAGACUACUGCCUAACCUUCCCUUACCUCAAUCUGACACAGUUCCAGCCAGGUUCUUCCUGCUUUUCCUUUGGAUCCGCCGUCGAAUUCAUCCGUCAGGCCCCUAUCAGCAGCUACCUGCACCAGUUCCCAAGCGACCAAAUGAAGUUUGAGCACGUAGACGGAUACUGCGUGGGCAAGUGUCUCCUCUCGUAUCCCUUGGUGCUGAAGGAAACGGGGCAUGUGGAAAUCUUUACGUCGGGUUCAGCGCAGCAGCCAGCACGCGCGCCUCUGCCUCCUAAGGAUUUUGCGCAGAUUGUCGGUCUGCGGCUGCCCCCGGCAGUGUAUGUACACCUCGCGCAAGGCCGUCUCUCGCGGAACAUUGCAGUGGCGCUCGCUCAGGGGGAGUGGGCAGAGCCUUGCCUUCCGACAGUGAAUUCUGUUGAAUACGCAGAGGCUUUCUCAGAAGCCACGCAGUACAGACUGAAGGCGCUGUUGGGGGGUGAAGGAGCUACGGAGACGGGUGCGCAUGCGUUGCCUCCCGUUAGCUGCAGCAGCAGUCUGAAACGCCGCUGGCAUGUCUCUGCGGCAGCGGUAGCAGCUGAACUUCACCGACAGAAUAAGGACUCUGUCGACUUGGGAUUCUGCUUGGAAUGGUUCGCGAACGCGCCUGAUCAGCAGAAGCAGCAUUUGUUCUUCGGAGAGUCUGCAGGGGUGGCUGCAGCCGCAGGCCGUGCAGCAGCAGCUGCAGGGGCAGACAUGGAGAGGAGAGCGCUACAAGCAGCAGUGCUGUUUCAGCUGUUGGAUGCUGUCGGGCUGUUUACCGAAGGCGGCGAUAGCACCGUCUUUGGAGCUGCUCUAGCCGCAGUUCCCCCCGUGCAGCAGGAGGCAAUAUUUGUGUGUCUGGAGUUGCUCAAGAUGGGGCUGUUGAGUGGUGACCCCAUAGAGCCCCCCAGCGGAAAGCCGUAUCCUUCGGGUGUACAGGCAGUUCUUAUGCGGCCAUAUCCAGGUGCUUCGGAGGAAGAGACGAGUGCAGGAACAGUGCAGCGGGCGGCUUUGCUUCUCCAGCGCAUUGCCUCGUUGCUGCCUCUGCGUAUUAAUCAGCGGAGGCCAUGGGAAAGCGACAUCUGCAUGGAUUUCAUGGGAUACAACUGUGUUGUCUGCCUCAUUAGAUCUGCCCUCAGAGAAGUCACGGAAGCCGCCCUUGUUAGCAAGCUGCUCAAGCAUGCGGAGCUUGUAGAGGUGCUUCCGCGGCCGGAAGCAAGCCAGGGGUUUCUGCCACUUUUCCCAAGUAGUGGCUAUACACUGGGCCUAGUGACACGAUGGUUCUUGCACUAUGAGGGGGCUGCUGAGUUGGCUGCGUUCGAAGCCGAGAUCAGGGCUGCCUAUCCGGCUGCAGAGGACCCUGUCUCCGAUUUGUGCGCCGGCCUUAAACUGUGGCAGGUGUUCUGUAGACUUCUGAAGAGCCUCAGUUUCUCCGUAGACGUGGCGGAUCUGCUGGAGGACGUACACUGCGCGGAGGCACUGGUCGCGAGGCAGGUGGCAGCAACCGGCAUCAAAAACCACCCAGCGUUCAAACUGUGA